CUUCUGUUUAAUAGACUACAAAUCCCGAGAAACCACGGACUCGACGAUAGCUUACGCUAAUGUAUUGCUCUCUGUUUGAGGAGUUGCUAUUUCCUGGUUAGACUGGCAGCCAUUUUGGGUUUGAGACAACUAGGCUUUAGGUUUUUGGGGAGUAGUUACUUUGAAUUUGACAAAACAGUUACGAUUUGAAGUUAUUUAAAGCAAAGGGGAGCACCAUUUUACAAGAAGAGGCGGUCUAAAGUGACAUGUCAACAAUGAAUCCCGAAUAUGAUUAUUUAUUCAAGCUGCUUCUGAUUGGUGACUCCGGUGUGGGAAAAUCAUGCCUCCUUCUUCGGUUUGCAGAUGAUACAUACACAGAAAGCUACAUUAGCACAAUUGGUGUGGACUUUAAAAUAAGAACUAUAGAAUUAGAUGGAAAGACGAUCAAACUUCAAAUUUGGGACACAGCAGGGCAGGAAAGGUUCCGAACGAUCACAUCCAGUUAUUACAGAGGAGCGCAUGGCAUUAUAGUUGUUUAUGAUGUUACAGACCAAGAGUCUUUCAACAAUGUCAAGCAGUGGCUACAGGAGAUUGACCGUUACGCCAGUGAAAAUGUUAACAAGCUGUUGGUAGGGAACAAAUGUGACCUAACUACAAAGAAGGUUGUGGACUACACAACGGCAAAGGAAUUUGCAGACUCUCUCGGAAUUCCAUUUUUGGAAACCAGUGCUAAGAAUGCAACAAAUGUAGAACAAGCCUUCAUGACAAUGGCUGCGGAGAUUAAAAAACGAAUGGGCCCAGGAGCUACAGCUGGUGGAUCAGAGAAGUCCAAUGUUAAAAUCCAAAGCACUCCAGUCAAGCCAUCUUCUGGAGGCUGCUGCUAAGGCAUGUUUAGACGUCCAGUUAGGUCCUCCUCUGAAGAUGAAGUCCAGCCAUCUGCGCAACCAACAGCACAACAAUGUUUCACUGUCUAUGGCAUCAAUAGCGUUUAGUGAAAUAUGUUAUAUAUGUAAGAUCUGAUUUGCUAGUCCUUUUCUGUAGAGAGAUAAGUGGAAUAAAUUACAUUACAUGAUUAGUAGUUUAACUUCAUAAUCUCUGCAUAUAAUUUGUGGCUGCAGACUAUUGUAAUUUGUUGCACAAUAUGUAACAUUAAACAACUGAAGAAAUGUUUAAUAAAUAUUGUACUUAUUGGAAUACCAGACUGUAUGAUGGAACCAGUGGUUUGUAGAAUACAUUUUGUGGUUUAAUUAUUUAUUCUACAUUUAUCUGGUGAAAUAUAUUGUACCGGUAAUUUAGAUUCUGUUUUGCGACUGCCGAUUACCUGUGGACACCUGACUGCAAGUGGCAAUGUCAGAAUUGCUCUUAUAAAACACUAUGUUCUUUUUCAUAAUAAAGGCAACUGAAUUCAGUUUUACUUGAGCUGAAAAAUAGUUAAUAGCUAGGCUUUCUGUUAGUUUCUGAGCACUCUUCUCAAGCUUGAGUAUUGCAUGUAGAUUAACAUGGGUUAGUUUGUUGUAAUAAAUGUGUAUUGGAGCAGCUGGUCUUUCAGUAGUUAAAAUUCCCUAUUGAGUUGAGAGAUAUACGACAGUGUAUGUGGGCUUAUGCUAUUGUGAUCCCUCAAAGCUCAGGGUAUUUUUACAAUUGCAUGUCCCUCAAUAAAUGAUUACUCAGUCCACUUAUCUUAUCAGAAGAGGCUGUUGUCAAGGGAAGAAAACAUUUUUUUAAAUAUAUAUAUAAAGACUUCAUUAGGCGCUUUUUUUUAAAUUCAAAUGUCAAUCUGCUUUCAUUGCAUGUUAUCCUUUGAUAUUUGCUAUCUGUAAGAUUAAAAGAAUGAAUGUGCUGGCAUUUUAAAUGUAGAACUUCAGAAAAUCUUUUCAUAACCCCAAAUGAAACUUUUUCUUUUUAACCCCAUUUCCUGUUUUACAAUUGUGAUUUUUAUUUUCUUAUUUUCCAUUAAUUAACCCUUAUGUGUACACAGUGGUGUCUGAUUUUCUUCCCUCAGCGCUCAUGAGAUGGCAGCAUCAAGCAUGGUUACCUCUAGUGAAACUUCCACAAGAUUGGGGAUGGGGAUGGGGACAAUCUGAAAAUGUUAAACAAUAAAAUCAUUGCCCAAUUUUAAAUAAAUUAUACACAGUA